AUGAAAAUGAAUAACGAUAAAAAAACAAGUAUCGAACAAGUUAUGAGUGAUUAUUUAAUAAAUUUAAGUCAGUUUUAUAAAAAUGGACAAUCAUUAAGUGAUCAAGAUAAUUACAACAAUAUAGAUAAAAAGAAAAUUCAAAAGGAUGGAAAAAAUAAUAUAUCAUCACAUAAUAUAUUAUUAAAAUAUAAAAAAGAUAAUAGUAAUAGUGAAUAUAGUAAAAUAAGUACAUCAGAUGAUUUUUAUGAUACUGAAAAUAGUAAAUCAAAUUAUUAUGAGCAAAUAAUGAAUAAUAUAUUUCCUAUUAAAGAAAGAGAAAUAUUUUAUAAUCUUCAAAAAGUAAUUAAAGAUGAAAAUAAUUAUUUAUAUGCUGAAUUAGAUGAAUAUUUAUAUUGUUAUUUAUAUGUGUUAGCUAUUAAAAAAACAUUUUAUGAUAUUAUUAAUCAAAAAAAAAUAGAAUAUGAAAUUGAAAAAUAUAAUGAAAAUAAAAAAAAAUUACAAGAAAUUUAUAUGUUUAUUCCAAAUUAUGGUGAAAUAUCUUUUGACAUUAAUGGUAGACAACAAACAUGUACACCCUUACAAAAUGAUGAAACUCGUAAAGUGUUUAUACAAAGAGAUUAUGAGCAUGACCAAGUAAACAAAAUCGAUAAAUAUAAAAUUCCAUCCAACGAAUUAGUAACAUAUAAUUCCCAUUUUAAUGAGAUUGAAAAGAAUGAUAAAAAUAGGACAUACAAUAAUUAUGCAAAUCUAAAACAAGAUGACAUUUUAAGCACACAUUCAUAUGAGAGCAUAAAAAAUGAAAACAUAAAUAAUGUAAACAAUAAGAGUAUGGUUUUUGAAAAAGAAGAAAAUAAUAAUAUUCAAAAAAUAAAAAAAAUAAAACAAGAUAAAAGACAUGAAAAUAAUAAAAAUGAUGGAUUUAAUAAAAAUUAUUUAAUUUACGUAUUUGAAAUUUUAAAAAAAAAUAAAUUAUAUUGGAUAGUUCCUUUAACUGUUAUAUCAUCAGUUUAUAUAUAUUAUAAAUUAAAAGAAAAUGUGUAUAGAUUUGUAUAUAAUUAUUCUAUUGAUAUGUAUAGACGUAUGACAAGUUUAGUUACAAAUAAUAGCGUGAACGAGAUUAAUAAUGGAAAUAUGCCUGGGCUUAAAGAUUAUAAACAUUUUUUUCAUAACAUCAAUAAGAAUAAUAUAAAAACAAUAUGGUUUAAUCCUUCUAAUAAUACUUUUAAUUAUUUUUUAAAUAAGAAUCCAGGAAAAAAUACAAAUAUGAUUAUAUUUAAUCAACCCAAAACAUCAACAAGUGAUAUAAGCAAUGAUGUAAAUAAUAAUAUGCAUACAGUAUAUUAUCAUGAUUAUAUUAUGAAAUAUUUAUUAAAAAAUAAAAUAUAUGAAAAUGUAGAAAUAAGAUUAGAUGAAAGUUUAUCUAAAUCAUCAGUUUUUGAUAUAGUUAAAAAAUAUUCGGUAGAUAUACUUACAUAUGUUUUUUCUUUAGCAUCUUUAUAUUAUAUAUAUGGCAAAAGGUUUUCACCAUUUAAUUUAGAUUGUAAAAUUGAAAAAAACAAUAUGAAUAAUAUAAUAUCUUUAAAUGAAAUUAUACUUAAUCAAGAAACAAAAAGAGAUGUUAAAUCAAUUAUUUUUCUUAUGCAUUUUUCAAAAUUAUUUAUAAAUAUUAACAGUGGUAAUGAUUAUAUAGAUCAUCCUUGUAGUAGUUCAUUAUUAUUUACUGGUGAAACAGGAACAGGAAAAACUUUACUUGCUAAAACAAUAGCAAAAGAAUUAAAUGCAGAUUUUAUUCAUGUAUCAGGUUCAAGCUUUAUUGAGCUAUACAUAGGAAAUGGUGCAUCAAAAGUUCGUAAUUUAUUUAAAGCAGCAAAAAAUAAUAAAAAUCCAGUAGUUGUAUUUAUAGAUGAAAUUGAUAGUGUAGGAUUAAAUAGAAAUUCAAAUGAUCUAUCAAAUAAUCAAAACCAUGAAUAUGCACAAACUUUAAACCAGUUGCUAAUCGAAAUAGAUUCUAUACAUGAAUACAACAAUGAACAACUAAUUUUGUCAUCCAUCGAUUCAAACAUGUAUAGUGAUAAUCCUUAUGAAAAUGCUGUUAACUUUGUAAAAAAACAAUUUUUUCAACAUAUUUUAAAACAAAAAAAUUAUAAAGAUAUUACAAAUACGGAAAGAGAAAUUUACAAUUAUGAAAAUAUUUAUAAUGAACAAGAUGGAUAUGAAAUGCUUCAAUACUAUUUAAAUAAUAAUUUAAAUUUAAAAGAGAUUGAAACAUUAUUUAAUUUAAAAAAUUAUAAAACAAAAAAGUAUAUACUACUUAUAGCAGCAACAAAUAGGUAUACCUAUCUAGAUCCUGCAUUAACUAGAUCAAAAAGAUUUGACAAAAUAAUUCAUUUUAAAAUGCCAAACUUAUAUACACGAAAGAAUUUGUUUGAUUUUUAUAUAAACAAAUAUAUUUCAAAGUCGGGUUCGAUAAAUGUUAGGAAGGGGCAAUUUGAAAAUAAAGUUAACAGGUUUAUAUGGGACGGAAACACAGAAUAUAAUCAAAUAAAUACAAACAAAAUAAAUAACCCAACUUAUUAUAAGCAAAAACAUUUUAACUCUCCAAAUUAUAGUGAACCUUUUGACCAAUCAGGGGGAUAUACAAAUAUGCGCUCACAUAUUCCAAUGUAUCAACAUAUAGGAAAUAAUAUACUAACUUUUAAACCGUGGCCAGUAUAUGGUGAAAAAUAUAAUAAUAGUUAUAUACAUUUACUUAAAACAAUUAAAAAAAUGAAAGAGAAGUAUUUGAAUGAUUAUGUAGAUACAUACACAUUUUCUAUACUAACACAUCUUUUUAAUUGUGCCGAUAUUGAUCAAUUAGUUUCUUCAAUAAAAGUUAGCAAAUUUAAAAAACAGUAUCCGUAUCAGAUUACAAAAAAUAUAAAUAAUAUAGUAGCAGAAAAUAUUAUAUCAAUAUUACAUAAAAAGUUUUUAUAUGAUAAUCAUAUCCAAAAAAUAAUAAAUAAAAAAGAAUAUAUAGAAUAUAAUAAUCAAACAAAUAAUCCAAUUAAUAAUUUAAAAUUAUUUUAUAAUAGUAAUAUGUAUUCAGAAAAAAAAUAUAAAAUGCAUUUAUCAAAAUUUAUAGAUUACUGUGAUGAAAAAUGCUAUCAAAAAAUUCAUGAAAAACCAUUUGAACCUAAAUUAACAAUAGAUGAUUUACAUUUUUUUAUGGAUUUUAAAAAAGCUAAUAAUAAUCAAUCUGGAAGUUCUGAUGAAUCAGAUGGUAUGCAAAAUACUAAUUUUCCUUUUAAAAAUUCAUUUUUAAAGAAAGAUAAAAAUUACCAUUUAGCUAUGUUAUGGAAAUCUAUUGAGCAUUUCUUUAUUUCAUUAUAUACUGAUUACACACACUUAAAAUAA